AUGGUGUCGGUGUCCAAAAGUCGUCGCAAGAAGAAGAACGCUGGAGAAAAACCUAAAUUACGGCGUCGUACAAACAGUAAUAGGCAGCAGGCAAUCGUCCGUGUGAUGAUGGUUGUCACUGUGGUUUCCGCAUUACUGAUUGUUCUAACUGCAGGGAAAAUGAUAACCAGAAAGGAUUCAAUGGUAGCCGUCGUGCCUAAUAGUGGCGGUCAAACAACAUCAACAUCAUCAACAUCAACAUCAUCAACAACAAUAUCAGCAUUGCCAAAUAAUCAUCAGCAAAUAGCCUCUUCCAAAUCAUCAUCAUCGGCUCAUAAGAAUAAAAAUGUCAAUGGCCAACAUUAUUCCGUCGUCAUUGUCGGUGCGGGCAUUGCCGGGUUGACCGCUGCCAAAACAUUGGAAACGAAGAAUAAUGAUCGUAUUCUUGAUACUGACGACUUAGUAUUAUUGCCAGGAGGAGUCCUCAUUUUGGAAGCCACAUCCCAAUGGGGUGGACGGAUACGAUCUUCUACCAAACGAUCCAUUACCAACCAACGAUCCAAAUCUGACGAGAGUCAUUACUAUUAUCCAGUCGACAUGGGAGCCUCGUUUACUACCGAUCCCAAAUGGUUGCCGGUCAUCCUUUCGAAGAGUGGUGGUGACGAUGAUAAUGAUAAUAAUGGUGGCAAUACGAACAAGACGAAGAAGGGCAAAAUAAGAAGCAAUGCGUGGGAUUUUACCACGACACCGGUAUCCGAAGAUUGGAGGAAUAAUAUAAGUACGAGUACUACUACGGCCCAUGACAUGAUGCGCAACUAUUCUUGGUACGAAUUUGUCCAAGACUUUUUGCUGCCAUCACGCAGGAGUGGUGGUGAUGCUUCGUCUACUGAAUCAACGACAUCAUCAACAUCAUCAUCAUCAACAUCAUCAUCCACCACCAAGAUUGAAUACAAUUGCAUUGUGGACAAGAUUGUAGCCAUGAAAGCAGCGUCAUUGGAAGAAGAGGUUGAGAGGAAGAAUGGGAACAAAAAGAGCAUCAUGCAAGUCUCGUGUGGUUCCAUGUCGGUUACAGCAGAUGCCGUCUUGGUCACCAUACCACUGCCUCUCUUACAGGAACCUCUCGACCAACAGGAAAAACAGCGCGAGGCCAUGGAAGGGGCCACGGAUGACGCCGACGAUGAUAAUGACAAGAUUGACGGAAAGCCACCACCACAGGACGAUAUUUACAAUGAUGAUGUGGAUGGGGACAUCUUUCGCAAGACCGGCCUGCAGUUUCAUCCACCACUCCCUUCCAACAUUCAAAAACGAAUCCACAAACACAAGGCAACCAUGUUGCCGGCCCUCAAGAUUGUUUUUGAAUUCAAACACAAAUUUUAUCCCGAUUAUAUUGACAUCUUGAAAAUGCCUCUCUUGCUGGCAAGAGAGGAUGACGACGCACCAUUGAUCGGCAGCCACGAACCAAAAGAUUUGGGCGUCAAUCCCCAGCGGGUGUACGAAUAUUGGGCCGAUUCCGAAGUCCGGUACGAUCCCAAGGUGCGCCGUCCAAAGGGUGCCAAACAUUAUCUCGUGGGACAGCUACUGGGACAACCCGCCCAAGCGUAUUACAACUUUUAUUACGGUCCCACACGGCAAAAUGAUUUUUAUCGGGUCAGCGAAUUUCAUGACGACAUGGCACAACAUUUGCUCCAAGAGUUUAUCGAUUACAUGGAACAAGUGGAACACUUUGAUGAGUUUUUGGUCCGACAGAAUUACAUUGGGUAUCAAAUUGUGCAUUGGACCAAGGAAACCUUUACACCAGGCAUUUUGGAUUGUUCGGCAGUGCAAUUUCAUAGCAACCAUGACAAACACGGCUCCAAGACGAAGAAGAAGAAGAAGAAUUUCAAUCAAGUCGGUGCGGUUCCACAUGUCAAUGGACAAUUGUACUUUGCGGGAGAAGCCUUUGCCAAUCUACCAGGAUCUUGGUACCACGGAUGUGGACAAGCGCACGGAGCUGCCAUUUCUGGCAAAAAGGCAGCCCUUCAAAUCUUGCACUCGUUGCAAACCAAAAAGAAGAAGAAGAAGAAUGAUGAUAAUAAUAAUAAUAACAACAACAACAAUGCAGCGCCUGAGGAGAAGAGUGAUGAAUCCUCCCCGUCCAUUAUGAUUCCAGUUCCAACCGAGAAUGAUUCUUCCACGCAUCGCGACUUGGAGCGAUUCUCCAUACUGCGACCAGAAGAUGCCGAAGAUUUGAAAUUCUAUGCCAAGAUGAAUGAAUUGUGGAAGAAUUUUCCGAACUAG